AUGGGCGCCCCGCCGUCGCCGUCGCCGGUGCUGCUGCUGCUGCUGCUGCUGCCGCCAGUGGUCAGCGCCUCCGAGGCCGAGCACCGACUGUUCGAGCGGCUGUUUGAGGAUUACAACGAGAUCAUCCGCCCCGUGGCCAACGUGUCAGACCCAGUCAUCAUCCAGUUCGAGGUGUCCAUGUCUCAGCUAGUGAAAGUGGACGAAGUAAACCAGAUCAUGGAGACCAACCUGUGGCUCAAGCAGAUCUGGAACGACUACAAGCUGAAGUGGAACCCCUCCGACUACAACGGGGCGGAGUUCAUGCGUGUCCCUGCGCAGAAGAUCUGGAAGCCAGACAUCGUGCUGUAUAACAACGCCGUUGGGGACUUCCAGGUGGACGACAAGACCAAAGCCUUGCUCAAGUACACGGGGGAGGUGACCUGGAUCCCCCCGGCCAUCUUCAAGAGCUCGUGCAAGAUCGACGUGACCUACUUCCCGUUCGACUACCAGAACUGCACCAUGAAGUUCGGCUCCUGGUCGUACGACAAGGCCAAGAUCGACCUGGUGCUCAUCGGCUCCUCCAUGAACCUCAGGGACUACUGGGAGAGCGGCGAGUGGGCCAUCAUCAAGGCCCCCGGCUACAAGCACGACAUCAAGUACAACUGCUGCGAGGAGAUCUAUACGGACAUCACGUACUCGCUGUACAUCCGCCGCCUGCCCCUCUUCUACACCAUCAACCUCAUCAUCCCCUGCCUGCUCAUCUCCUUCCUCACCGUGCUGGUCUUCUACCUGCCGUCCGACUGCGGCGAGAAGGUGACCCUGUGCAUCUCUGUGCUGCUCUCGCUCACCGUCUUCCUGCUGGUCAUCACCGAGACCAUCCCGUCCACCUCGCUGGUCAUCCCGCUCAUCGGCGAGUACCUGCUCUUCACCAUGAUCUUCGUCACCCUCUCCAUUGUCAUCACCGUCUUCGUGCUCAACGUCCACUACCGGACGCCCACCACGCACACGAUGCCCGCCUGGGUGAAGACCGUCUUCCUGAACUUCCUCCCCAGGGUCAUGUUCAUGACCAGGCCGGCCAGCGACGGGGACAGCGCUCAGAUGCCACAGCUCCUGGCCGGCGCCGAGCUCUCCAACCUCGGCUGCUUCGGCCGUGCCGAGCCCAAAACCUACAAGGAGGGCUGCCCCUGCCAGGAUGGUGCGUGUGGCUACCGUCACCACCGCAGGGUCAAGAUGUCCAACUUCGGCGCCAACCUGACGCGCAGCUCCAGCUCGGAGUCUGUCGACGCGGUGCUGUCCCUGUCUGCCCUGUCCCCCGAGAUCAGAGAGGCCAUCCGGAGCGUGCAGUACAUCGCCGAGAACAUGAAGGCUCAGAACGAGGCCAAAGAGAUCCAAGACGACUGGAAGUACGUUGCCAUGGUGAUCGACCGCAUCUUCCUGUGGGUCUUCAUCCUGGUGUGCAUUCUAGGCACGGCGGGCUUGUUCCUGCAGCCACUCAUGGCCAGGGAUGAUGCCUGA